AGCUUGGUCCGGCGUUUGCACUGGUCUCUGAGUCUUCCUGUGCUAGACGCAUCUGAAGUCUAAGAAUUGGUGGCCGAUGCCCAGUCUGCCUGGCUUGGCCCUGGGAUCUCCUUUGGCCGAGACACUUGUGUCCCUGCAUGGAUCGACGCUGCAUUUCGAUUACAUACACGAUCCCCAAAGGCACGGACCCAUCUACUCAAUGGUACGUCCGGUGUCAAGUGCCGCGAUUGUUCUUCCCUUUGUUCCUUGCGGUGGACGGGAGGCAUAGCACAAAGAAGGGCAAGGAGCUUUCCGCAGGUUGGGCGUGUGGAUAUUGGUGCCAAGAUUUGGUAAAUCGCGUUUCUCUCCUCUUGGUUCAUGGAGUUGUCCGUGUUGUGCUCAAGUUUCUCUGCGCAAAUCCGAUGAAACUCGGCAAGCCUGCCAUGCGAAAAGGCAAACACGAAUCAGUCCAGUCACAGAGCACAAUGACUUGGUUCUCUCUUCAGGUCGGCGGGCGGGCACAGUGGCUUUCUGAAGUGUUUCUCAAAGGCAGAUGGGCGGUAAUCUUAUCCCACCGGCUGGCUUUUCAUCUUUGCAGCAUAUUUCCUGUUCCUGCUCCUUCGCGGCAAGAUGAUAGUGGGCGAUGGAUGGAAACCCAUGAGUUCCAAGAGGAACUGGACUCUGGAGCACUUACUGUGACCUCCGGUGCUACUGGACAUGCACGAAUCCGUCGCCGCUCAGAACAACCUCACCACCUCACGCAAGUCACCAGUGACCAGACGCAUGGACGGAGGAUCCACUGCCACGAGGUUCGAUUGUCUGUCCCAUCGAUCCUUGGCCCCGCAGCCACAGACUGGGCCCGUUGACCAGCCACACACGCGCAACAAGGUAUCACGGACUUGCUAAGUUGCUCCUGAGAGUUCGACGGGAAGAGACCCCUGAUCCAUGACAAGCGGCAUCCACUUCCAGUUCUUCCAUGCGCGUGUUAAGGCUUCAUCCGGGUAAGGGUGUUGGAGAUUUCGCAGACCGCGUUGUUGGUGAACGGCUCCGCAGGGCCAAGUAGGUGAGCAAGUAAGCAAGUGAGGUAGGUAUGUAGGAUGUUGUUGUUGACUCUCGAGCCCAUUACCCGUACCCUCUUCCCCCCCGGCCGGACUGUUUUAGUAUACCUAGAGGGGCUUGCUCACUAAGAGUUGAU